AUGCCCGCUCCAGAUUAUGCUCUUACCGAUUUGAUUGAAUCGGAUCCUCGUUUUGAAAGCUUGAAAACAAGGUUAGCUGGUUACACCAAGGGCUCUGAUGAAUACAUUGAGGAGCUAUACUCCCAAUUACCAUUGACUAGCUACCCAAGGUAUAAAACCUUUUUGAAGAAACAAGCGGUUGCGAUUUCAAAUUCGGAUAAUGAGUCUGGCUUUAGCCCAAUUUACAGGAGUUCCCUUUCCUCUGAAAAUCUGAUCAGCUGUGUUGAUAAAAAUUUAAGGACCGCGUACGACCACUUCAUGUUUUCUGCUAGGAGGUGGCCUCAACGUGACUGCUUAGGUUCAAGGCCAAUUGAUAAAGCUACAGGUACCUGGGAGGAAACAUACCGUUUUGAGCCGUAUUCCACAGUAUCUAAAAGAUGUCAUAAUAUCGGAAGUGGUAUAUUGUCCUUGGUAAACACGAAAAGGAAACGCCCUUUGGAAGCCAAUGACUUUGUUGUUGCUAUCCUGUCACACAACAAUCCUGAAUGGAUCCUGACAGAUUUGGCCUGUCAAGCGUAUUCUCUAACCAAUACGGCUUUGUACGAAACGCUAGGUCCAAAAACCUCCGAGUACAUUUUAAAUUUAACCGAAGCCCCCAUUCUUAUUUUUGCGAAAUCCAAUAUGUAUCAUGUUUUGAAGAUGCUACCUGAUAUGAAAUUUGUCAAUACUCUAGUUUGUAUGGACGAACUAACUAAUACUGAGCUUAAUGUGCUAAACGAAUCACUGCUACCCAUCAAGUGUAACUCUUUAAAUGAAAGAAUCACUUUUUUUUCACUGGAGCAAGUAGAGCAAGUUGGUCGCUUUAAUGAAAUUCCUGCAAUUCCGCCUACACCAGAUUCCUUGUAUACUAUUUCGUUUACUUCUGGUACCACGGGUUUACCUAAAGGUGUAGAAAUGUCUCACAGAAAUAUUGCGUCUGGGAUAGCAUUUGCUUUUUCCACUUUUAGAGUACCGCCAGAUGAAAGAAACCAACAAUUGCAUGAUAUGUGUUUUCUGCCAUUGGCUCAUAUUUUUGAAAGAAUGGUUAUUGCCUAUGAUCUAGCCAUCGGGUUUGGGAUAGGCUUUUUGCAUAGACCGGACCCAACUGUAUUGGUGGAGGAUUUGAAGAUCUUGAAACCUUAUGCAAUUGCUUUGGUUCCUAGAAUAUUGACACGGUUCGAAGCAGGUAUAAAGAAUGCUUUGGAUAAAUCUGCUGUACAGAGAAAUGUGGCAAAUACUAUAUUGGAUUCCAAGUCAGCCAGAUUUACUGCGAAAGGUGGUCCAGAUAAAUCGAUUAUGAACUUUCUAGUUUACCAUCGCGUACUGAUUGAUAAAAUUAGAGACUCUUUAGGUUUGUCCAAUAACUCAUUUAUAAUUACCGGAUCUGCCCCCAUAUCUAAGGACACGUUGCUUUUUUUAAGGAGUGCCUUGGAUAUUGGUAUAAGGCAAGGCUACGGCUUAACCGAAACUUUUGCUGGUGUCUGUUUGAGCGAACCAUUUGAAAAAGAUGUUGGAUCAUGUGGUGCCAUAGGUAUUUCCGCAGAAUGUAGAUUGAAGUCUGUCCCAGAAAUGGGUUACCAUGCCGACAAGGAUUUAAGAGGUGAGCUACAGGUUCGUGGUCCACAGGUUUUUGAAAGGUAUUUCAAAAAUGCAGAUGAAACUUCAAAAGCUAUUGAUCAAGAUGGUUGGUUUUCUACCGGAGAUGUUGCAUUUAUCGACGGGAAAGGCCGUAUCAACGUCAUUGAUCGAGUCAAGAACUUUUUCAAGUUAGCACACGGCGAAUACAUUGCUCCAGAGAAAAUUGAAAACAUUUAUUUAUCAUCAUGUCCUUAUAUCACGCAAAUAUUUGUUUUUGGGGAUCCUUUAAAGACAUUUUUAGUUGGGAUUGUUGGUGUUGAUGUUGAUGCGGCCCAACCAAUUUUGGCUACAAAGCACCCAGAGGUGAAAACAUGGACUAAGGAAGUGCUAGUAGAAAACCUAAACCGUAAUACAAAGCUAAAGAAGGAAUUUUUAAACAAAAUCAAUAAAUGCAUCGAUGGGCUACAAGGAUUUGAAAAAUUGCACAACAUCAAAGUUGGACUUGACCCUUUAACUCUCGAGGACGAUGUUGUUACGCCAACUUUUAAAAUAAAGCGUGCUAAAGCCUCAAAAUUUUUCAAAGUUACAUUAGACCAGCUAUAUGACGAAGGCUCAUUAAUCAAGGCAGAAAAACUUUAG